AUGUGUUCAAUCUUAAAUUAUGAACGGUUUAUUUCAUUUAUGCCUGUUAAUCAGCAGUAAAAUGAGAGCCUGGGUAUAAAACAAUUCAAUUUUCUACAUUCACCCCAGAUGCAGUUCUAGGUGUUCAACGACCAGUUCAAUAACCCUUACAGAUGGAGGCUCAAUUGAUUGUCCUUUUUGUGAUCACAUUUGGGGCAGUGUCCGAAGCAGCGACGGAGACGGAGAGUUGGAUGGGUGGAGGACUUUUUCCUGUUGAUUUACACGAUCCUGAGGUUAUUCAGGCAAAAGAAUUUCUUGUAAAACUGUACGGCAGUGACUUUUAUGAAAAAGAUAACGCUGUUAUGCUCGAAACCAAAGCAAUGAAACAGGUUGUUGCCGGAAAUAUUGUUUAUUUACAUUACAAUCUCAUUUUAAAUGGCAAGAUAUUUGCUGAAUGCCAUGCUGACGUAUUUUUCAAUCUUCACAACAAGAUGCACCUAAUUCAUAAGUAUCGUCCCCAUUGCUAUGACCUUGUCAACCAUAUAUACUUUUAAAAAUAUCUGCAUCUUCUAUUACCAAAAAAUGACCAUUAUAAACUAAUACUAUUACAAACUAUAAGAAUAAACAAAUUGGUCAUAUAGGUAACUAAGAUAAAUUUUCCUUACGUGUUUUAUACUAUGAUUACAUGCAUUUGUUAAUCUCCUCUAUUAAUUUUACAAACAAGAUUAUCAACAUAUAAUAUUUUACAUGCGUUUCUAUUAAAUAUCCCACAAAUAAUUUAAAAGUCAAAAAUAUAAAAAAAUGAACACCCAAAGCAUUUGGCUUUGAGAGCAAACAAGGCAAUCUUAGGGGUUUUUCAAAAUUGGGGUAAAUUGGAGUUU